AAUACCCCCUCAUCCUCGGCCUCCUUAAUUCAGUGGAGGUUAUAAAAAUAAGAUCGCCUUCCUUCGGGUUCUUCGCGUAUUCGACCGGAGUUAGUAGGCUGCCUAUUACAGUCAGAAAGAUUUAGCCGCUAGAAGAGGAGAGAGGUGGAGAAUGGAGGGAAAGGUCGGCAAAAUUCUCUUCCACGUUAUCAUAGCUGUCAUCAUGGUCUUCACAGGGACCAUCAACACACUAGCUGCAAAAUGGGCCGACCAGCUGUAUGCCCGUGGCACUAACCCAAGGCCACCCCACCUCUUUAUCCAUCCUUACUUUCAAGCAGUGCUGAUGUUCCUAGGAGAAAUGUCGUGCAUCGUCGCCUUCAAGAUAUGGUACUACUAUUACUACUUCACCAAGAAAGACCUCACCAAGUUCGGCCCGCAGAAGUUUAACCCUCUGAUAUGGGCCAUCCCCGCGAUGUGUGACCUCACGGCGACCUCUACGAUGUACCUCGGGCUCACCUGGACGUACGCCGCAAGUUUCCAGAUGCUUCGUGGAAGUGUAAUCAUAUUCACGGGGCUCCUCUCCGUGGCGUUUCUCGACUCGAAGCUACAGUUGUACAAAUGGGUGGGGAUGUUCAGUGUCAUCAUUGGCCUAGCCCUUGUCGGCGUCGGGGACUUCAUCUUCUUCCAGAAGGGCCAGCACACGGACAAGUACACUGUUCUUGCCGGCGAUCUACUCAUCAUCGCUGCACAGGGCAUCGUGGCCAUCCAGAUGACAUUCGAGGAGAAGAUAAUAAAAAAGUACCAGGUUCCCCCGCUCCAGGCGGUCGGCUGGGAGGGAAUUUUCGGGUUCUCCAUCCUCAUAGUCCUCCUGGUGCCCAUGUACUUCAUCCCCUGUGCAUCUCCCAGCCUCAUCCGACUUCUGGCAGGAUCACGUUCGUUUCGAAGACGCAAUCGACGGCAUAGUACAGAUGGGUAACAACUGGAAGCUACUCCUAUCAAAUCUCGGUCUCAUUGUGAGCAUCGCUUUCUUCAACUUUUCCGGGCUGACGGUGACCAAAACCAUGAGUGCCACUACGCGUAUGGUGCUCGACAGCGUCCGUACCAUCUUCAUCUGGGUCUUCUCCCUGUCGGUAAUGUGGCAAAACUUCGAGCCGCUCCAACCGGUCGGUUACCUCGUCCUGUUUGUGGGUACGUGCAUCUACUACAACAUCAUCAUAGCUCCGUCGGUGAAGUGGGUUCUCGUUCGCGUGUUCCCUCGCAGUCGAUUCGUGCGGCGGUGUGUCAUAGGCAGAGGUUUGGACUACGACGCUGCACAUCCGUCUGAGAGAGAGCCGUUCCUCAAGAAGAACGCCAUCAACGAGCCUCCGUAUGGCCUCGAGGAUUCUGACUAGACAUUAUAUGUAACACCUUGUUGUGAUACUAACUCUGAAUUCACACACACACUGUUUCGUUGACAUUGCAGUAUGUAUAUAGAAUACUUUGUUCCCUGUUAUCACCGUCAUUUGUAUACUGAUUUGACUCAGAAGUUAUGAGCACAUAAGCGCUAUAUAGCACACAUUAUGAUAAUUAGAGUGAUACAAUAGUAACAUAAGUGAUACGUGUAUAUAUGUAUAUAGCUACUUCGAUUAUCAUAAACCACAAAUUAACAACAAUACAACACUACCACUCCAUAUAAUUAGAUUAUAUAGGAAAACAAAAUUGUCCGAUGAAACAAAAUCAGUGUUCAAAAUUCCUUGUGGAAGAGAUUGUAGCUCUCAUGAAUCAGGUCUGCUGCUUCCUG